UCUCAGUCGGGAAGAUUUUUGGAGGCAAGUUUUUUUCCCCUUUAAACUUAAUUAUGAAAAUUUGAUGUUUUGGUAUGCACAACUUAUUUGUACUUCAUUAUUUAGGUACUACUCCCAAAACUGUUUCGAACAAAGAGUGGUGGAAACAGACUGACAAAAAGUUCCAGGCUUGGCCGCGCAUGGCUGGUCCUCCGGUGGUCAUGAAUCCCAUCUCCCGCCAAAUUUUUAUCGUCAAGUCUCGUUAUGAUUCGUGAAGUUUUUGCCUUCUCAACUAUGAUUUUCUUCUGGUUUAUUUUUCCCAAUGGGAUAUGGUUUCAUUUUAGUGUUGAUAAUAAUUUUCAAGCAUAAAUUAAAGAGCCACCCUUAGAUUGGGCCCUUUCUCUUU